UCUCAUCCGAUGGGUUGGUAGAGGAAAACCCAGAAUGUGACGAUACUUCUGCAGGACAACAUCCUAGCAUCUCCACUGCAUGCACGCCGGUAUAAUAUUGCAGGUCGGGGAUCUGUGAAGAUCUAACACGAGCAGGGAGGGGGAAAAAAAACCCACAAGCAUUGGUGUUGGAAACUUUGGUCGACACUGGCAGCGUCUUGAACAGCAACAAAAAAAAAAGAGGAGGUUUUGUUUUACACCGUCUUUCCAGCUGUUCUGAACGGGGGGAGGAAACGGGAUGAUCAAAAGUAUCGAUCCGUUGUCCGUGCGCUGUCGUAAUAAGAUGCGAGUGUCCGAAUACGGGACGCAGCCUUUAAAGGCGAUUAGCUCCUCCGCCUUUUAAACUGCGUCUCCCGGGGAUGGUUCCCGCAUCGAAGGCACACGCCAUGAACGCCACGCAGUGGGACUCGGUUUUUCCGGCUGCCUCUAACCUCUCCUCCGCCCUCCCGCUGCGCCUGGAGUCCAGGGCGGUGAUCACCUCCGCGUCCAUGUUCGCGGUGGGCGUUCUGGGGAACCUCGUCGCCAUCGUGGUCCUCUGCACCUCCAAGAAGGAGCAGAAGGAGACCACCUUCUACACCCUGGUCUGCGGGAUGGCCGUCACGGACCUCCUGGGCACCUGCUGCACCAGCCCGGUGGUCAUCGCCACCUAUGUCACGAACAGGUGGCACGGCGGAGAACUUCUGUGCCACUUCUUCUCGUUUUCCAUGCUUUUCUUCGGCUCCGCCGGGAUGUCCAUACUCUGUGCCAUGUCCGUGGAGCGCUACCUGGCGAUAAACCAAGCUUACUUCUACUCGCACUACGUGGACAGGACGGUGGCCAGGCUGGCGCUGGUGACCAUCUACCUGGCCAACGUCGUGCUGUGCGUCCUGCCGAGCUUCGGAUUCGGGAAGCACGUUAGGCAUUUCCCAGGCACCUGGUGCUUUCUGGACUGGCGGGCCAGCGAUCUCCUCGCCGCCUCUUACUCCUUCGUGUACGGGGGCUUCAUGCUGCUCCUGAUAGCGGUGACCGUGGCGUGUAACGUCGCCGUCUGCGGCUCCCUGGUGCGGAUGAGCCAGCGAGCGCGGCUGGUGAGGGCGGAGGGCCCGGGGAAGGAGGCAGCCAGGCGCCGGUUUCCCGGACUGCCCUCCGUCACCUCGGCUGCCGAAAUCCAGAUGUUCUGGCUGCUCGUUUUCAUGACCGUCGUGUUCCUGGUUUGUUCCAUCCCUCUGGUGGUGCGGAUUUUCGUAAACCAACUCUACGGCCCUGCGCACAUCCUAGCCGGGGGAAUGCCGGACUACCGCAGCGACCUCCUGGCGAUCCGGCUGGCUUCCUUCAACCCCAUCCUGGACCCCUGGGUCUACAUCUUGUGCCGAAAAAACCUGCUGAGCAAGGGGUGCGAGAGACUCCGGAGGACGGUGGGGAUCGCCAGGGAAGGACAUGCCCGCAAAGAGGGCUGGAUGAGCGGCCAGCAGACGCCCCCCUCGUACGUUAACAGCGUCUCCACGAGCUACGCGUCCCUGCGCACCCGGGACGAGCGGCGAGGCUAUCCGACACAGGUCGACGCCAGGACUAAAUCUUUCUCCGACUUCGCUACGCAGCAGACCUGGGACCUGGACACGUCCCGAACCGCGUUUCACCCGUUCGGCGCCCAGCAGGGCGGCGAGCUGGAUUGCGAGCGAGGCGGGACUGUCCGCUCGGACCCGGCGCCGGCUAAGCCCAUCCUGUGCGCCGUCCUGCGGGAACCCCCGCGCCCCCCGUCAUCUCGCGACGGCCAGUUCGAAAUAGUCACCAGCACCUUCAGCGCCCCCAACUCGUCCGCCUCCGAGAAGUGUAUUUAGUGGGUUUUUUUCUUUUAAAAAGGCGACGUACACGAGCACGUGUCUAUUUCUUUAGCAAUUAGACGAGGAAAGAAUAAACUCUUCUACGGGGCUCCUGAUUACCAGCUCCAAAGGGGGAGAAAAAACUA